AUGCACAAAAGAAAAGAGUUUCAAUUAGACAAGCUCAGCUUAAGAGCUAGCCGUUCAACUACAAACUUAGGCCAAAUAGAAAGGCCUGUAAUAAAAAGGUUCACGCUUAUACAAAGAAGCCCGAGUAGCCCUAACAGCCCUGUCAACAAAAAUUGGGAGGAUGCUUCUGAUUCUUCUUAUAAAAAUAAGGGGUUUAGCAAUAACUUGGAUAUAGAGCCAAUUAAUUCUAAUUGUGAAAACAAUUUCUGCGAAGAAGAUUCAUUGGUUAGAGACCUUGUUGAACUGAUGGAACAAACUAAAGAUCAAAUAAAAGAAAAGCAGCAGCCAGUGAAAAAAGCCAGCAGAGUUUCAAAACAAACUAACAAAGUCCAAAGCCAAAAGGAACUGAUUAAUUUAUCCACUGGUUUUAAGAUAAGAACAAAGGUUCUUUCACCCCAAAUAAUACUUAUUCCAGCUAAUAUUAAAAAAAAAAUUAUAUAAAAUUGAUAAUUUAUAUAAUUUUGAUUUAUUAGCUAAAUAAUUAUUUAAAAAUUGUAUUAAUAUUAAAAUUAUAAUUGUUGAUAGCAUUCUUCUGUAAUGAACUGGCUUAUUAAGAGAGUUAGAAGAUCAAGUGUAAAAAAAGAAAACGAAAAAAGAUGAAAUUUGGUUCAUUAA